UGAAGCUUGUAAAUGUUGACAAUUGUAUAUCAACAAGCAGAAGCUGAACAAUAAACAAAUCCAAGUUGCACAGAAUUUACAGAAAAUCCAUUAAAAAAGAACAUUUAUUUGGAAUACGAAUACAUCGAAUCAAAUUUAGAAAAUGUUUUAUCACAUUUCAUUGGAACACGAAAUUUUGCUGCAUCCAAAAUACUUUGGGCCACAGCUUAUGGAAACAGUGAAACAGAAAUUGUAUACAGAAGUGGAAGGAACAUGCACGGGCAAAUAUGGAUUCGUAAUUGCUGUGACAACAAUCGACAAUAUUGGUUCGGGUCUCAUUCAACCUGGACAAGGCUUCGUCGUCUAUCCAGUUAAAUACAAAGCUAUUGUUUUCCGACCAUUCAAAGGUGAAGUACUCGAUGCGGUCGUAACUCAAGUCAACAAGGUGGGAAUGUUCGCUGAAAUCGGUCCAUUGUCAUGUUUCAUUUCACAUCACUCCAUUCCGGCCGAUAUGCAAUUUUGUCCGAACGGCAAUCCACCGUGUUACAAAUCACAAGAAGAAGACGUUGUUAUUGCGGCUGAAGAUAAAAUUCGAUUGAAAAUUGUGGGCACACGUGUUGAUGCAACUGGCAUUUUUGCGAUUGGAACGCUCAUGGACGAUUACUUGGGCUUAGUCGGCAGUUAAAUUAAUUUGUACAUUCAAACAUUUCAUUCAUUUAAAUACGAAACAAUCCCAAAUAAAUUUUAAACUAAAUUAAAAUAAAGACAUAA